GGCUUUAAGAUAUGUACUUGUUCAAAGAUGUAUGGUAAGUAAGGACAAAAUGAGACGGUGUUUCUUUCCGAGCAUCAAUAUGUGAUGAAAAUCCUCAAAGGUAAAUGGGGAGUUGAGGAAUCGAGUUUCUGUUGUGCAUGGGGUGGUGCGUGGAGCGAGGAUAAUUUCCAUGCAGUGUAAAUGUUCAAAAAACCAACCAAAAACACAAGCACGGUGGCGGGGACUCUAAAUCCUUGGACCAUUACUUACCUUUGGAUGCAUCGUCAUCCAUGGAAAUCCGUGUGUUGCUGCAUGUCAAACUCUACUAAAACAUCCAAAUUGCAUCGAAAGUUCCAAAAGGCACAUCGCUGACCACUUUGACCAGCAAAUUGAUGGGGGUCACUUUUUUUCCCGGCCUUCGGCUGGACCACCCCCCCCACCUACCCUUGGUUCAGGAUCCACAUCCUGCUACCCCCUUG